ACUAAAAUGACAGAAGAUAAAAAAAAUAGACUAUAUUUACUCUAAGAAAUAUGGGUGAAAUAAACUUUUAAAACUUGUGUCUUCUAUAAAUUACCACAAACGGUUAAUGCUUCUUCAUUCCCUAGUUUGAAUUUGUUUACCAAACCACUCAAACUUCUUAUCCACCACGGUAAAAAAAAUGGCGACAAAUCAACCCUUGUCUUAUUUUUAUCUCGUCAUCACGUUCACCCUCCAUUCAUUCAUGUCCUUUGCAGUAAAUUCACAAUCUCCGGUGACGGAGCGUGACGUCUUACUGCAAGUGAAAUCGCACUUCGGAAACCCGCCGUCGCUAGGAGGGUGGAGCAAUAAUACCUCCCCCCCUUCUUCUCCGUGCAGCUGGCCGGAGAUAACCUGCUCCGGCGACGGAUCGGUCACCGGAAUAGCUCUCUACAACUACAACAUCACCACGGAAAUUCCGAGGGAAAUCUGCGGCCUUAAGAACCUCAUCGCACUCAACCUUUCCUACAAUUACUUUCCCGGCGAGUUCCCGACGUUCCUGUACAACUGUUCGAAGCUACAGUACUUGGACCUCUCUCAGAACUACUUCGUCGGCACCAUUCCUCGCGACAUCGACCGCCUCCGAGAGCUCCGGCACCUGAACCUCGGCUCAAAUAAUUUCACCGGCGACAUCCCGCGCUCCAUCGGGAACUUGCCGGAUCUCCGAGAUCUGAAGCUCUGUUGCAAUCUCUUCAACGGCACCUUCCCCGUCGAAAUCGGAAAUCUAUCCAAUCUCGAAACCCUAGAAAUGGCGUACAACAACUUCUCCCCGUCGCCGAUCCCCGAGGAGCUCAGUAACUUGAAGAAUCUCAAGGUCAACUGGUGGACGUCGACGAAUCUGAUCGGAGAAAUUCCCAAAAGCUUCGAGAAUUUGUCGAACAUGGAGCAAUUGGAUUUGGCUUUGAACCGUAUACACGGUAAAAUCCCACGAGGAUUGUUUCUCCUCCCAAACCUCACCAGUUUAUAUCUAUGGAACACCAGGCUUUCCGGCCCAAUUCCGUCCGAUUUCGCGAAGAACUCGAAAUUGGUUGCCGUGGAUUUGUCGCAGAACAACCUGACCGGUGAAAUCCCAGACGGAUUUGGAGAGUUGCAGAGACUUGAAUCUUUAGCUCUCUUUUGGAAUCGAUUGUCCGGUGAAAUUCCACCCGGAAUAGGCCGAAUCCCAUCUCUGAAAGUUUUCAAAGUUUUUGGAAAUAAUUUGAGUGGGAUUUUGCCUACUGAGAUGGGGCUUCAUUCUAAGCUGGAAACCUUGGAAAUCAGUGAUAAUUGGCUCACCGGAAGGUUGCCGGAGAAUCUGUGUGCCAGGAAGGCCUUCCGUGGCGUAGCAGCAUUUAAUAACAAUCUGACCGGAGAAAUCCCACGGUCGUUUCAGGGUUGUGACCCCUUGGAAACCAUUCAGCUUUACAAUAACCAGAUGUCAGGGAAGGUUCAGCCAUGGCUAUGGACACUGAAGAGCCUGAGGAGUGUGCUGAUCAGCAACAACUCGUUCUCCGGCGAGCUUCCUCGCGAGUUACCCGAGAAUUUCACGCGAUUAGAGAUCAACAACAACCGGUUUUCAGGGGAAAUCCCGGCAUCAUCAUCAUCAUUCAAGAGCGUGAUCGUGUUCCAUGCCAGUAACAAUCUCAUCUCAGGUCGGAUCCCGGAAGAGUUCACUGCCCUCUCCAAGCUCACCGAGCUGAAGCUCGACGGGAACUCGCUUUCCGGCGAACUCCCACACAAGAUCCUGUCCUGGAAACGGCUGACCACCUUAAACAUUGCAAGAAACAAUGUUUCUGGUGAAAUUCCAAAAGCCCUCUCAUCAUUAUCCAACCUUCUUGUUCUUGACUUCUCCCAGAACCAACUCUCUGGUUCAAUCCCGCUUGAAUUAGGCAAUUUGAGGCUCACUGGCCUGAACCUCUCCUCCAACAAGCUUUCUGGGGAAAUCCCACACCAGUUUGACAAUCUGGCAUUUGAAAACAGUUUCUUGAACAAUCCUGGUCUCUGUGGAGACACCCUGGAAUCCCUUCAAUGUCGCGUUCCGAAACACCAUCGCUUUCAACGAUGGGUUCUCGUCGUGAUUCCAAUCGCUUCUUUCGUUGCUUUCGCCAUUAUCGUUGCAUUGAUCAUAGUUAAGGUUAGAGGGCGCAACCAGAGGAAGAAGAACGAUUGUGAUGUCUCGGAAGUAAAGCCGUUUACAUGAAUUCUCAUGUGGAGGGUGUGGGGUUUUUUUUGGGGGGGGGGNUCUUUGUUUGACCUAAAGUCUUUAUCAUUUUUGUGCAUAAAUCAAAGAGGCAUCACUUGGUAACAUAUUUUAGACUUUUACCCAAAUAAUUAAGGAAACAAUAU